AUGAUUGAUAGCGAGAGGAAUGACAGAGACUUUGAUUGGAAUAACAAUAAUGAAAAUAAGAUACAAAUAUCGGGUGAAAAUGCAAACAAAAAGACAAUAAAAGCUUUAAGUGAGACUGAGUUAACGGCUCAGGGCUUUACGUUUUUCAUCGCCGGUUACGACACGACCAGCGCUUCGCUCUCUCAUGUCGUCUAUUAUUUGUCUCAAAACAAAGACAAACAACAGAUUCUGAGGGAAGAACUCAACGCUUUGGACACAGACUUCACGUAUGAAAACCUAAACCAAUGCCAGUAUUUAAAUGCAGUCAUCGAUGAGACCCUUAGACUCGCGCCCCCUUUGGCUAGUGUUCAACGGGAAUGCGUUCGCGACUAUAAAUUGGAAAAUACCGGAAUUAUAAUUCCGGCAGGCACAUUUGUAGAAUUCCAGCCUUAUGUUAUACACAGAGACCCUGAAUUAUUUUCCGACCCUGAUCAAUUCAAACCCGAAAGGUUUCUCAACCCCACACACCACCCGUACGCGUACAUACCCUUUGGGUGCGGCCCUCGACUGUGCGUUGGUAUGAGGUUUGGCUUAAAUAUGAUGCGAAUGUGUAUCGCAAAGAUUGUACACAAGUUUGAGUUCACACUCGCGCCCGGAUUUGAGGUGAGAGUUCAUGAUUUUGAUUGA